UUUUUUUUUUUUUUUUUUUUUUUCGUUUUUGAGCACGUACGCGCGAAAUAUCUAUGUCCUUCUGUGUUAUUUGACUUCUCCUCACAAGCUUUGUCCACGUUUUUUUCAACUUUUGAAAAAGAUAGUGCAAUGUGACUGUUCUCGUUUCUAAACGGAAAUCAUACAGGGAUAUAUGUAUAUUAGAUAUAUAUAUUCGUUGCUCGACGUGUAAAAUUUCGACAAGGUCGGAUUGCUAAAGAUAUACUAUUAUAAUGUAACACAAAGUGGAACAACGAGAGUGUAAUUUCGGUAGAUUUAGAAAGAUUUUCGUACCGAUAUUACUCAAUUUUGUAUAAAAAAUAUAAAGAUGCAUCAGAGCGUGUACUUGAAGCGGAAAAUUUACAGCUUUACUUAUCAAGAUUAUGGCGAUCAGGUAAUAGUAUUUGAACUGUGUAAAUAUUGAUUAUACAUAUUGAAAAUGACAUUUUCGCACGUUAGCAAAUUACUAUCAUCUGCUAUAACCGUUAAUGUGCAAAUGUAUGCAAAUUGCAAUCUAUAUUCAUGAUACCUCGUCAGAUUGCAAGGAAAUUACAAGUUUCAAUAUAAAACGUCGAUACAUCCUAUUUCUCUCCAGAAUGAAAGUCUCUCGUAUAUCAGUUCCUGUUGAAUUUAAAAAAAAAGUAAGAACAUGCUCCUGCCAAACAAAAAAAAAGAUAAGGCAUAUUUCCAUCCACGCCAUGCGGUACCCCAUACCCUGACCACAGGCCACGGUUAAAAAAAAAUUAUUAACUGCUUCACUCUUGUUGUUCUACUUUAUGUAUAUUUUUGCAUGCAUGUGUGCGUAUGAGUAUUGUAUGUGAAUGCGAGUGUACGAAAUGUGUGAAUACUGUACUUCAAAGAAUUGCGUUUCUAAGAAAUUUACAAAAACGUUAUAUAAUAUAUUAUAUGGUAUAUAUAAAUAUAUAUACACGUCUAUUAUACAUAUAUUUUCUAAAUAAAUGAAUUUUAUAAGUGACCAUAUUAUACAUAAAUAUUGUAUGAUUCCAUAUGUGCUCCAUAUACAGGGUUAUUCAGACCAAAUGCAUGGACUUAAAAGUUAAGCGGGUUCGUUUGAUUCCUGUGGGAAACUCAAAAUUAUUUGAUCGAUUUAUUCUGAAGAACCCUGUAUGUGUUACCGGCAGAGAAAGUCAAAUGGAAAGAAAAUUUUGAGGAGAAAGAGCAUGAGAGUGAGAGAAAUCGAUAGAAUGGCGAAACGAAAGUACGAAAAAUAUAUAUAUAUAUAUGUAUAUAUAUAUAUUCUAUAUUUCGAAUAUUAUUUUCAUAUGAAGAAAAGACGAUAUUGUACUGUGUACACCGAGAGUCUCAAAAGUACAAAAUUAAUGUUUUCAUUUUGCUUUUACGAUUACAUUGAAAUCUCCGAUUCACGUGUUCCAUUAUCACAGUUAUAGUAACAAAAUCUUAUCUUAUUUAUAUCUUUUUUUAAUUUAUUAAGAAAACAUUCACAUCGAUCCCACGUCUAGCCGAAAAUAACGAUAAUAUCAACUAAAGGAAUAUCUAAUCACAAUGGUACUCGAGUUAUCACCAUGAUACGGUGAUAAUAUUUCGUAAAAAAGAAAUAUUCAAAAUCUUUAUAUGUAAUCGUUUUACUUUUGAGACGUUCCGACCUCCUGUACUACACUGCUGUACUUCAAACACCUAAAUACAUGUUUCACGAGAAAAAUUUCAUGUCCCUAUAUGUAUAUGGUUAACACGCUCUAUACGCUAUAUUAAUAACAAUGAAUAUAAUUAUUGAUUAGCACUGUUACUAUCAUUAAUUUACUUUACUUCAGUAUCGUACAGUCCGUUAGUAGAAUUCUCAGCAUGCUCGAAAUAAAACGUCAGGCCGUUAUCUUCCGAUUGUAUUAUUUUUUGGAGUAACGGAGAAGGAAAUUUUAUCACGAAAAAGAUGCAAGGUCACAUACCAGAAAUAAAAUAGAAAAAUAUAAUGAGAUUAAUGAGCAAUAGAAGAAAAAUGAGAAAAAUUUUAACAGGUUUAACUUUUAAGGGAAUUAUCUGAAAAUCAAGAAAUUCAAACUUUUCACUUUUAACAUUUAAUUUUCAUAUUUUUUUCAUUACGGGAGUCCUUCCAGUAAUUUUUAAUUUCCAAGGCAAUACGCCUUGGGGUUGUAUUAUUAUAAUACUGAGAUACAUGUAGGCAUGCAUAUUUCCGUUGUCAAAGUGUCGGCGUAUUAAUUUAAAGAAAAUAACUAAUUGUUAUGGUAUGUACGAAAUUCUGGAAAAUGUCGUUUGCAUAAUUAUAAAAGCUAUAGUAAGAUGCAUUUUCGUUAUAGAAACUUAUCGAAGUUAUGUGACGAAGACAUUGUUCCAAUUUUUAUCGUCCACAAAUUAUAAUUUUCCAUUUCAAUUAGACGUAUACUACAAGUUACUAUACAAGAUUAUUCGGGAGUAUUGCACCAUUUAAAGAUAGUUCUGUAAUAGAAAUUAAAUGCACGGGCUAAUUGGAGUUAGUCUAGCAGUUCUGAAUAAUUCUGUAUACAAUGUUAAAGAUGUAUAUUUCGUGUUUAACUCGUUUGUGAUAUUCACUUACGUAAAACAAAUUGUACGCAAAAAUCAUAAAAUUCAUGUCAUGAAAUCAUUAAAAAUUAUGUAUAUCAUAUACGCACUAAUUUCAAAGAAUUUAAGAGAAAUAAGAAUAAUAACAAUUGUAAAGACUGUUUCAUACUAAAGAAUUUAUUACAAUACCAUAAUAUUCGAAUGAUUACGAUAUUUUUGGUGCUUAAGAUAACAGUACAAAUACAUAUAUAUCAGCUAUCAGUGUCAAAGUUUCAGAAGCUGCCAAGUAGAGGAAAUAGUGGUAUUGAUUAUUACUUUUGAAACUAUGAAAUUUUCUGUUUUUUCUGUUAAUAAUUCGUAUUCAUCCAUUCAUCUUCUGUCAAAUCAUUCCGACAAGGAAAAAAGAAUUUUUGAUUACAUACAGUUCAGACAGCCAAACGCGCGCUGUCGCAUAGUAACUCAAUUAUAGUAAUACAUAGGAAAUAGUAACUACAUAUUGAGGAAUCGUGACUUUAGUGCAGUUUGAAUUAGAUUCAUCUUAUUUUACUGUUUGGGAGGUAAUUAAUAAAAUUAAUUCCUCUAUGCUACCGUAUAUUGUACUAUGACAAUACGUUAAAGCGUGCAACUUAGGGCACCUUCCGAAUUUCUCAUUGCCAGUACUACAGAUAUCGUUAUGUCACUGUUUAUCUGCAUGCAAUUCAGUGAGACACAACAUACUCGUAGUACUAGAAAUAAAUUUCAGCAUGUACCUUUAGUAAUUUGAAAGGGCGAUUUUAACAGUGUCUGGCUACCGAUAAGUAACCAACCAUUAAGUAUGAUAGCCAUGGUGAUACUAAUUAUUAUACCUUAAAAUCAACGCUGCUGACAUCCAGGGUUCAAAUGGCAAACUAUUCCUAAGUAGGCUGAACAGUUGUCAACAUGGCUGCAACAGCACGUGGUAGCGAUCAAAACAUUAAAAACAUGCCAUGCAAAAACCACAGAGAUAACAUGUAUGAUCCAACCAUUAUGAAAUACUCUAAUGUGAAAAAUGAUAAGUCAAAGUUCAACAACAAUUAUUACAAAUGUGCAAAGAAAACUUCAAUGAAAACUGAAUUUUCAAGUUUAUCUAGUCCAUGUGAUGAAACUGAAAACUGGGACUUUUCUGAUGACUCUACCGAUGAAUAUGAUCCUACUGUUUAUAAAGAACCAAGGAUGAAACGAAUUGAUGUUCCUUUUGGAAUAUAUGGUCCACCUGGAGGGAUAUUUUGUCCUGGAGAUUCACAUCCUCCAAGUAUCAGGGAACAACUAUAUCAAAUCAAAUAUCAACAGAAUAGUACUGCAGAUUGUUAUGAUAAAAGUGAAGAGGGGCAGUUUGAUGAUGCUUAAUUAUUAGAAUUGCAUUUAAUGAAAGCUAACUGGCUUUGUAGUCAAGUUUGUGCAAUUAUGUAUUGUAUAAAAUUAAUAUUCUUUCCAAAGAGACUAGCCUAAAUAACACCAAAUAUUCAGAAAUUAUUUUAUCAAGAAUUAUUGUGUUAUAUAUUGUUUUACAAUGUUAACUCUGUAAGUCCUAGACAUUGUUCAAAACUUUAUUAUGACAGAUGAUAUAAUUUAAAUAAAUAGAAAUUUCAAUUCAUUUGCUAGUGCAUUUAAAUUUGAAGGACGCGGAGUACUUCCUCUAUUACUUAUCACGUCUAUAUUCAUAUUUUUAUAUAGUGUAUAUUUAACAUUAAUUAAUAAAAUCAUUGUAUAUUAUUCUUACAUAAAUUUGGUGCUUUAUAUAUAUGUAUAUGUAGAUAUAAUUUAAAAUUCUUUUGCAUUGAACUACAAACUAGACACGUCAUAAUAAUCCAAAAAGAUGGAAUACUGUACAAGAAUUGUUCAAUGCCAUAUAUAUAUAUCUUCAAACUUCACAAAACGAUUUUAUGAUCACUUUAGUCUAAGCAGAAAUUAUUGAAAAAGUAUAUAAUCAAUUAAUUCAUUAUAAUUCUUCAAGAUAGAUUUCUUUCACAUAUAUAGCUCUCAUCAUUGUAGUUCACUUACGAGAAUCACAUGAAUAUAUAGGGUACAUUUAUUGAUAUUAAUUAUAAGCAAAAUUCUUUUUAUCUUUGAUAAUUUACAUCAAACUACACAAAAGUGACAAUGACAUGCGCUAAGCUGUUUGGUACGAAAUUAUAUUAUUGGCCAAUUCUGAUAGAGUCAAGCAGUUAAAUUACUAGGCAUAUUUUAACUCGAAACAAAGUGUACAUACAAUUCAUGCACAUCGUUCAUGCUAAGCUAUAAUCGUGUAUUUUGAAUAGAGGGGAAAUAUAAAAAGUACUUAAUUUCUA